GACCCGGCCGCUCUCCCCUCGCUCGCGGCUGCCCCGGCGUGCAGGGCCCGGCCGCCGCCAUGUCGGGCCCGUUCGAGCUCUCGGUGCAGGAUCUCAACGACUUGCUCUCGGACGGCAGCGGCUGCUACAGCCUCCCAAGCCAGCCCUGCAACGAGGUCACCCCCAGGAUCUACGUGGGCAACGCGUCUGUGGCUCAAGACAUCCCCAAGCUGCAGAAACUGGGCAUCACCCACGUCCUGAACGCGGCUGAAGGCAGGUCCUUCAUGCACGUGAACACCAAUGCCAAUUUCUACAAGGACUCCGGCAUCACCUACCUGGGCAUCAAGGCCAACGACACACAAGAGUUCAACCUCAGCGCCUACUUUGAAAAGGCGGCGGACUUCAUCGACCAGGCCCUGGCUCAGAAGAAUGGCCGAGUGCUGGUCCACUGCCGAGAGGGUUACAGCCGCUCACCAACGCUGGUCAUCGCGUACCUCAUGAUGCGUCAGAAGAUGGAUGUCAAGUCUGCACUGAGCGUCGUGAGGCAGAACCGUGAGAUCGGCCCCAACGAUGGUUUCCUGGCCCAGCUCUGCCAGCUCAAUGACAGACUAGUCAAGGAAGGGAAAUUGAAACUCUAGGGCACCCCCACUGCCUCUUCUCUAGAGGACGGACAGGGGAGGCCCUGGUGGAGGUGUCCCAAGCUGCCAUGUUUAGGAAACACAGUGUACCCUGCUCCCAGCAUCACCAGGCACUUGCCCACAAGUCUGUCCCAACACAUCCCUGGGCCACUUUCCCCCCGGGGAGCAUAGAAAGAAGCUUGCCGAGGAGGGCAUUCUUGUCCUAUGUGUGACCUGUGCCUGCAGUUUGCAAUGUCCUCACCCUGAGGUGGGGGGACACGGAGGGGGAUGGCCUGGGACGGGUGUGCUUCUCCCAGAUGACCCAGGGCAAGAGGUCUGAGAUGCUCACAGGGGCCCGUCCUGCCCUCCUCCACCCGUCACUCCCCACCCCUCACCCCUGGGCCCUCUCCUGAGGGGGGGCCACAGCCCUGUAAAGGAACUAUGCAAACGCGGGCCCCUCUCCCCCCACCGUGUGUGUCUCCCCAUCUCCUCACAGCCGUCCACAUCCUGCUUGUAGGCAGAGGCACAUCCCGAGGGCUGAAGCUGGCUCAGGGUCAGUGAUCAGGAGGUGGAAAUUCCCAAGAAGAGACUGCAUUUUAAUGAUUUCCUUAGGAUUAAAGAUACUGAAACAAAGGGGCCCUGGAGUGGGCAAACACAUCCCCCAGGAGGACUUUCCUAAAUCAAUAGUUUUAAAAAUGUGAAUCCUUGGGAGGCUUGAGUUCAGAAUCCACCUGUUUGGGCUAUUCGGCUCUUGGUCACUUGGUCUGUUAGAAGAGCUAUGCCUUGGACCGGGUUUUAUUUUUCUUUUUUAGAAAACAGGGUGUUGAAGUCCAGCCUAUUUAAAAACCCCACCAUUUGGAGAAUUACAAGGGUUUUGUCCUGAAUUAUAGUGUUGGCGAGCCCAAGCCACUCGUGCUCACUGCUUUUUGUCUUGGUUGCUAUUCCGAGACCAGGAGGAGGAAGUUAGCCAAUUAUAGUGUGUGUGUGUGUGUGUGUGUGUGCGUGUGCGUGUGCGUGUGCGCGCGCGCGUGUGAGCAGCAGAGCCUGAGACUGGACGAGCAGGGAGAUGAACAGGCCCAGGCUCACUCACUCACACGGGUGUGCACAUGUGUCAGGAUGUAGGAGUUUCGUUUUGAACACAGUCUUGUUAGGACGUGGCAGACUUGUCACCAGGGCAGGUGAUGGCGAGGUGAUCCUCACAGCCUUGCCCUGGGUGCCUGGCCCAUAGGUGUCCCAGAAAAGUGUGUGGAGUUAAACCUUUUUUUUUGAACACCAAAUAUAUGCAGGGCGUUGUUCUGGUGGGUGUAGCCAGCUCCCAGAAGCCUGAAUUUGUGGUCGGAUCCCUUGCAAGGAUUUGCAGAGGAGUCUUACCUGAAAUGAAAUAUCAGGGAUUUUUGUUGAAUAUUUAAAAUUCAGUUUUGAAUUUCAAUUCAGGUAGCGUUAACAUGUCGAGGCAGGGAAUGUGCCUUUUCCAGGGCUGCCCGGGAGCUGCUGGCUGGGAUGGGGAGACGCAGGUGUGCCCCGGGGCUUCCCUCACAGGGGUGAUGAGCUCUCUCCCGGCAAAAGUAGGGGCAGCGCCUCACAGCCUGGUUGUCGCCUUUUCUCUGUGACCACAGCAGCCCUGAACAAAUUAGGAUCUGUCUUCUUUUUCAGAUACCAGGCUGCCCAGAUAGACCCACUUAAGUGAAGUGGCCAUCCUCCCAACUGGGUGCCUCCCAGUUCUCAGAUAACUCUCCCACUUAAUCUGACUUGAUCCUCACAAUAACCCUAGUCACUUGGUAGAGCUUAUCCAUGUACUGUUACAUUUUUUAAAAAAAAAAGGAACCGAGGUUCAGAGUGAUCAGGGGUGCGGUGCUCAGGGCCGCUCAGCUCUAAGGCAGAGCUGAGGCAAGAUUUCAGGUUUGCUGUUCUCUGAAGCAGAAUUCUUUCUCUUAUUCUACACUCAUCUUCAAGAAGUGAUUCCCCGGGCGUGUCCAGGUGCGCUGCACGUGCCUUUGACCCAGCCCGUGUGCACAAAGGCCAGUCAGCUCUGCGGACAGAGGACAAUUCAGGCUGUGGCGUCAAGAGCGGCUCUUUUCCGGGGAAAGGCAGUAAAAAGCGCGGGUCCCCAGUUGGGUUGGAAUGUGGGGCUCUUCCAGGAGACCCGUAGCCUCCCUGAGUCAGAGCUCUCUGCUCCACUUCUGGAAGAAGCUCAGGAGCUGGGGCUGGGGCCCUGCCCACCUCCACGCCCAGGCGGUGGUCACCCCACAGGAUAGCACAGCUCCUUAGGUUAUUUUACCAGGACCUCUUGACAGCCUCUUUGUGGGGACAUGAGGGAGAAAAGGCCACGGGGAGAAUUACUGCCUUCACUCUGGGGCUACUUUUAUGCUGAUAACUUGGGAUUUCUGGAUAGUCCUUGGUCCUAGAAUCUCCAUGUUGACUUUACGAGAUGUAGCUUCUAGUUCUUUGAGUAAAGCAAAAUCAAAUUGUGUAAGAGCCAACACGUGCCCAGCUGUGAGUGGAAAGCUGCCUCUGGACCGCCUUCUACCCCUGGGAAGUGAUGGAAUAGGAACUCAGGGUGCCCUUUCCCCCUCCUCUGACCCGAUCCUUUUCUUUGACUAGCAGACCCCAUCUAGGCCAGAUUAGAGCACCAAACGGUUUUCUUCUCAGUUCUAAAGCAGUAUGCCUUCCACAGGCUGGUCUGCUCCCCUGCCACUCUGAGUUAGCUGGAGAACAGAAGCCACCAUUUGUCAAACAAGGGGACUCAUCUUGAAGACCUCUAAGGCCCCUUUUGACUCUGACACUGUAGGGUUCUCUAAGAAGCCCCAUUGACCUUGAAUACCACUGGGAAAUUAUAGGGUGUGUAACAAUGUGAUAACCAGCAGGUGGCGCCGUGUUCCACCCAUGGUUAUGGAUGCUUGGAAAAGGAAUGUUGGUGCCUUUUGACCGGGUCACGAGUUAAUGUUAAGAUGCUAAUGUUUUAAUAAAAUAAGCUCUGAUCUUAAAAUAUGAAGAUAUUAGCUUUUCUCGCAGGAAAUUUUCUGUCGUAAAACCGGCAUCAAGAAUCACUGAAGACCCAACAAUGAUGGUCCUUCCAAGUUAAGAUUUUAUCCUGAUAGGAAAGAGAGGCCAUCUCCGGUUGAGAGAGCAGCUUGGUUGGAAGCUUAACUUACCUCCUGUCAGCUUUUAGGGUAAUUUGAUUGUGCAAGUGUGAAUUUUCUGAACAGAAAAGGGGAAGGUAUUUAAUUGAUUUUUUUAAAAAGUAAGUUUCAUGUCUGUUGUAUCACAAAUCAGUGUUAAAACACUAAAACUGUAACCAAAUAAAUGUCUUACAUUAAGAGAAA